ACCAUAAACAAAAAUGUCAGCGAUCCCGAUUUUUUGUUUCUCACUGCAUUCCCAUCGAAUAAACCGUAAUUAGAUCACACGAAUGAUAUAAACUGAUGCUAGACGGUGUUCGCAGGCCGUGCGCUUGGCGCGCGCGGCGUUGCUGAAGCCACAAAACAUCCACAAUAAACGUGCGUUGGGCAGCCGCGUACACCCGAUCCAUCUCAUUGUUUAUGUAUGGAGAAUAAACCAGGAAUUUUUAUGGGAUUUCGCGGUGUAUUCUCGUUUUAUUUGUAUAUCUGGACUAGAUCAGGGCGCGCGGCGGAGCGCGGGGCGCAGCGCGCGCCGAGUCUUCCCUCAAGUCAAGUUGGCGAAGGCACGCAGGGGUAUGAUCAAGGAGAAGGAGAAGGGUGGAGGCGCCCGACUCAAGGAUGAGCCCAGCGACCCGGCCGAGCCAGGUCACGGCUCGCGGCCUCCCUCAGCCUCGCUGCCCACUCCAGCGGCGCUCAAGAAGGAGCCGGAUGAGCUCCGAGUGAAGAUGGAGGGCCCCCGCAGCCAGCAGGGUGCUGGCGGGGAGGACGCCGAGAUGGGGGUGGAUGGCAUCAAGACUGAGAUUGAUGGCUUGAUGGAUGGAGAUGGCGACCCGAACAAGUCGCCGUCAAUGAACGAGCUCGGGCCUGGCUCACUGAAGUCGGAGCGCCUGUCUUCAGACUCCAAUGACAUUCUCGACCCGCAGACCGGCCUCAGGACUUCUACUGGGAACAUACAGGACGGCAACCCGUCAUGCCGAGGCGGCGCGGAGCUGGGCGCGUGCCGGGCCAUGGGCGGCGGCGGCGGCGACGCGCAGCCGCUGCCCAGCAAUGUGAUGAGCAAGCAGCAGGGCAGCAUGGAGCAGCAGAGUCAGAUCUUCGUGUUCUCCACGUUGCUCGCCAACAAGGGAGCCGAGGCGGUGAUGGCGGGACAGCACCAGUCCAUCAUCGCCUACCACUGCGCGCAGCCCGGCACCAAGAAGUAUCUAGAGAAACACCCCCUAAAAAUGGGUCAAUUCAACAAACAAAGCCCGGCGCAGUGGCUCAACAACCUGGCCAUGGCCAAGACCAGGGGUGGCAUGAGAGGGGGGCCUAACAUGAUGGGGGGGCCCAACCAAAUGGGCCACAUGAUGGGCGGGCCAAUGGGCAACAUGGGACCGAUGGGUCACGGCGGGAUGGGCCCGAUGGGGCCUAAUAUGAUGGGCCCUAACAGAAUGUCUGGCCCAGGCCCCAACCAGAUGAUGAUGAUGAAGGGCGGCCCCGGCAUGGGCCCGAUGGGCCAGCUGGGGCCCAUGGAGGGGUUUCCGGGAGGCACCCCGUCCUGCGGUGUCAUGGACGGCAUCGGUGCUGAUGGUGAAAUGCCAUGGGACACCAAAAACCCCAACCUAAUGUCGAACGGCAAUUUACCCGCGUGUUCGGAGGCGGGCGGCGCGCCCUCGAGCGAGGCGGGCGCGGCAGACAGCAACCCCGACUGCCCCGGCCCUAAAGGUAACCGUGUAAAAAUCCCCGACGAAAACCUGACGCCGCAACAGCGAGCGCACAGAGAGGAGCAGCUGGCGACGCUCAAGAAGAUGCACCAGAUACUGUUCCCGGAGAGCGGCGGGCCCAACCCCAACCAGCCCGGGGGCACGGGGUCGGACGGAGGCCAGCCCCCAGACAACCCCCCGAGCUCGUCCAGCGGCAACAUGGCCAUGAACUACCCCCCCAACAUGUCAGGCAUGAGCUCCGGGCCCGGACCCAUGGUGUCCAUGUCCUCCGGGCCCAACUGCACCAUGUCCGGGCCCAUGGGACCCAACGGACCCAUGGGCCCAGGACCAAUGGGACACAUGGGACCAAACGGACCUAUGAAUAUGGGGCCAGGUAUGGGGCACGGGUCGAUGGGGCCUAACGGGAUGAUGGGGCCGAAUGGGCCGAUGAUGUCGGGUAUGGGGCCGAAUGGGCCGAUGGGUCCGAACGGGCCGAUGGGGCCGAUGGGUCCGUGUGGCAUGAAGAGCAUUAGGGGUCCGUGCGGAGGGCCGGAUAUGAAGGGCGGUAUGUGUGCGGACAUGCACAUGGGCAGAGGUUGUGGAGGACCUAUGGGGAGAAUGCAGAGCCCGAUGGGCGGCAUGGGCAACAAGCCGUGCAUGAUGGGCGCGCCGCACAUGCCGCCGCGCAUGAUGGGCGGGCCCGGCAUGGGCGGUAUGAACGGCGGCAUGAUGAUGGAGGGCGGCAUGAUGGGCGGCAUGCACGACUGCGAGCCGCACGGGAUGCCGCACCCCGGGGCCUGCGACGAGUACGGCAGGCGACCGAUGGGCCCCGGCGACCCCGGCGGGCUGGGCCCCCCGCACAAGCACCCGCUGCGCAGCCCCAAGAGCCCCGCCGACAUCGACUGGCAGAAGAUGCACCAGUUCUUCGAUGACCCCAAGAGCAUGGACCAGGAGCUUAGUACACAAGUGAAGUCUCCCUGUUCAGAGCGCGGCGGGUGCCUACCGCCGCCGCCCUACGGCGCCUCGCCGCUGCACAGAUCUGCCUCCGUGCCUAUAGCCACACAAUCCCCGUCGCACUCGUCAGUGCAGAUGCCGAUGUCGGCGGAGGCGUCGCGCGCGGGCUCCGGGCUCAGCAGCCCCGCCGGACAGCACUGCAAGAACAUGCAGAAGAACAACGGGGAUCCGCCAGAAAUACUUGAGAAACUCGAAGACGGAGUGUUUGUGAGGACGCUUCAAUGCCUGGCGGCGCAGCAGCAGAAGAACCAGCCUCCCACGGGGAAGGAACCCAGUUUGAUGCCCGUGCCGUCCCCACAACAGAUCUCCUAUUUGAAUCAGUUUGAAGGUCAAGAGUUAACGAUACAGAAGCAGCCGAACACGUCGCUAAAAGACAACGGUCCUGGUUCGAAUAGCGGCGGGCAGACGCCGCAGUCGAAUAACAACCAGAAAUCACCUGCUGGCAUGAUGCCGGGCACGCCCGAGGCGCACUCGGCGGAGCGCGGCGGCCGCUUCUCCAUGGAGCAGAGUCCCGGGUUCAACAACCCGCAGACACCCACCUCCGCAGGCAACAACGAGAAGUCCAGGCCGAGCCCUCAAUCGAACCGGUCCAGCCAGGACGGGCUGUGCAAGCGCUCUCCGCCGCAGCCCUACUCCAGCAGCGGCAAGACCAGCUGCAGCGGCUCCACGCACGACUCCACCGCCGAGAACAACGAGACGACGCUAUCCGGAGGCCCCAACAGCACGAGUCUGCCCGGCCCGUUCAGUGGACCCUGCAGUAUGAACCGACCGGACAACAUCCCCAUCAACCCCAACCAGGGCCCCAACGGGCCCAUGACCGCGACUUCAUCCUUCGACCCUAUUUCCUCGCUAGCUCAGAUGUCGCAGCAGUUGACGAAUACGGUGGGGGGCGGCGGGCCCGGCCCCGGGGGUCCGAUGGGGCCUAAUGGAGGGGGGAUGAGCCCGUUCGGGUCGGGACCACCGCAUCAUAUGCAGCACCAUCCGCCGCAUCCGCACAUGAUGAUGAAUGAGAUGGGAUACCACAUGGAGAACAUGGGCGGGCCGGGUAUGGGCGGCCCCAUGGAGGGCAUGAUGGGCGGCGACUUCCCGCCCGAGAUGAACCUCAGCCCCAAAAUGGGCGGCGGGCCGAUGGGCGGCCCCAUGGGUCCCAUGGGCCCGGACGCCGCCAUGAUGGGCCCGCGCAUGGGCGGCAAGAUGCCCAUGUUCAACGGCGCCAACGUGCAGGUGAAGGCGAGCGCGCCCAACACCAUCCAGUACCUGCCCACGCGGCCGCAGCUGCCGUGCGCGCCGCGCGGGCCCAACCUCGACUUCCUGCAGCGCGUGGCCAACCCCAUGCAGAUGGACGCCAAGUACUUCCCCCGCGGCGCCAUGGAGCUGGAGCGCGGCCUGCGCGGGCCCAUGCUGCGCGCGCCCCACUACCCGCCCGCCUUCCACGAGCCGCCCAAGAUGAGCGACUUCUCCGCGCCCGGCAUGUGCGGCCCGCCGCCCGCCUUCCGCGGCAAGGGCAUGCCCGGCGUGCGCAUGGGCGCCGCCCAACCGCUGCCGCCCUCCAUGGGCGGCGGCGCCGGCUUCAAAGGCCAGGGGUUCCCCUCCACGGCCGACCCCAACUACGCGGCGCAGUUCCACAACUUUCAGCAGCAGCUGUACGCGACCGGCAGCCGCGGCCAGCCGCAGUACCCGCCCUACCAGCCGUCCAAGUGAUGUCCGCCCGCCGGCAGACUCGCGCGGGACGAUAGAUGUAGUUGGAGCCCCACGGCGGACGUGCACCUAGUCACAGUGUUGUGACUUCGAGAAACGGAUCUAAAAAUGGCCUGAUAAUACUGUUAAGAUGUUUUUUGUAACGUUAAUCAUUUUUACCGCGGGCCGCGGCCCUAGAGACAAGCGUACUUAAGGUAUUACUUAUACACCAGUAAAAUUGGAGAUCAAAUAUUUUGUUAGUGAGUUUUGUUUAGGGGAAUGUGAGAUUUGUAGGUUUUUUUUAAUGAACGCUCUUGAAUUUCGUUUGUAAACUGAUUAUUAGGAUAGAAACUUCAUUUUUAGGUCACUACUGUAGGGUUCUUGACUGAGCAUGAGUUUUAUGUUAGUGGAGAAGUUUGUACAAAUUGUACAAAGCUUAGGCGUUGUGGUAGACCAUGUACUCUACAUAAUUCGAAAGUACAUAUUUAGACAUAUUUUGCUAAUGGCAAUAACUUAGAUUUUAAAUAUUUUUUUCAGAGACAUGCAACAAUUUUCAGUGUAUUGGUUCCUUUACUUAGCUAUUUAUACACGAUUCCUAUGCACACAGAUUUCUAGUCAAUAAUUGAAAUUAAUGCAGCCAGGCCCUGUGUUAAAUUGUAAUAUUUUAACCAAGAUUUGGUUGUUUUGUAAACCGAGAAGAAGUACACCACUUAAAACGUUUUAAUUCUGUCCAUUAAAUUUUAGUAUUAUUUUUAGUGAUUCGGAUUAAUUUGGCUUCAUGGCCAGUAUCAUUGUACACUUUAAUUAUUUUAAUAUUUCUUUUGAUCUGAUGUCAAUGAGUUUUACUGUCUUCCAGUGAAUGUAGAUUCCUACAAAUGCAAUAUUAAGUACACAAUUCUUUCGAUAGCUCUUCUUGCACUGUCCGAAGUGUUAUUAUCGUUUAUCGUAGACUAACUUGAAUAGUUAACGUACUUAAAAUCUGAUGCCAUAUUAAUUUGCCACAUGAUUUUUUAAAUAUUUUUCGUGAUAUUUUUUUUACUUUCUAUUUUAUUUAUUCGCGUUUGUCUAAUGAAAGCCUAAACUUUAAUGAAGGAGUAACAAAAGCCAGUGUAAUUAUUUUUAAAUUAAGGUACAUGUCACUAACAAUUUACACUUAAACCAAUAUGGCUUGUUCUACAUUAAAUAUUUUAAGAUAAUUUAGUUAAAUAAUAAAGCAUUCGUCAACCAUAUAGUUUUCAGUGUAAAUUGUCCGUGAUAUUUUGCAAACUCAACUCUAUACAGUAUCUUUAAGUCUGAGUUUCGAAUAUCUUUGACUGAGUAUGCGCUCAAAAUCAGGCUCACAAUUUCUUUAGUAGUCUGCUCACUUGGUCUUGAUAUUCGAAUAUGUCAGUCUGUCCGAUUUUCAAUGUUACAAUAAUUAUGGGCCAAUUAUCUAUUUUUAUUUAAAACCAACAAUGUUCAAUACCCUAACUCUGCUCAUAGUUAUUAUACCAUUGAAAUAGGAGAUUUCUGUAAAGAGUUUAGGUCUGUGAAGUAAAAGUAAUCUAAUAAUAAAAUUAAAGGCGCAGUAUCAGUGCCGUUAAAAAUAAUGCCUUGUUAAUAAAGCAAUUACAUUUCGACAGAAAUGAUAUUAAACUCACGGCGAACACCGCACCGACAAUGGAGACACCCGCUAGGUACUAGAUAGUUUUAAUUUAACUGUAAUUAUAAUAUUAAGGUAAAGAAUGGUUCUUGUUUUAGGCUAAGCGAAGAGAGCAAUGGUUAAUAAUAGUUUGUGUAAGGUAAGAAAUGAAAUUAAGAUAUGCAAACUAUUGGUUGUGAUUCUUACACAAUUUGUUAGGUUGUUCGUAGUACACAAUGGAAACUUAAUUCCCGUAAUAAGGCUCUUUUAAUUGUAUUUUUUUUGUUUUUUGAAAUGUUUUUACACGUCGUUCUCGUUUGUACAUCGCUAACAAUAACUGUACAGAGUACUUUUGGACUUAAUUUAAGGCAAUAAAUGUAUUUAUUUUAUAACUCGUGAUGUAAGAAUUUAUUCUUAAUUAUUAUAAAAAAAAUAUAUGAUAUGCUUGUAAA